GGCAGGUUACACAAGUUUAUUUUCAGCCUUUUGUUUUUUGCUGGGGACGGGUUACGAUGGUGUGAAGUGACCGUGGUCAAAGCCUUGUUGCGAAUAUAACGAUGUUUUUCUUAAACUCUCGGAGUCAACCCGAGAGCGGAAACGUCUCCGGAGCACCGGGAUUUGGAAUUUAACGGUGACAUGUGAAAUGUCGCUGCGUGGUUUGUCGGUAUUUCCAGGCGGCAACGGACAGACCAAGCCAGGCUAGUUUUAAGCUAACGUUAGCUAACUCGUAGCCAAGCAACUCGGGUAGCGCUCGUUAGCCCUCUCCGCUGGCUGAGCGCGUGUUGUAGUGUCGACGCAGUGUUUGUCACAGCUCUGAUUUGUUUGCACGCGCCUGGUAAUAUCAUAUACGGAUUGACACGUUUCACACCAGACUGCUGUUUUAGUGCGAAGCAAUUUAGCGAAUGUUAGCUACAUGUGUGUGCUGGAGCGAGGGGUCCCUUAAGCUAGCGACGUCCACCAUCAAAGACUCCCUUUGACAUCUCAGCUAGUCUGUUCACAUUAAACUGUCCGUUAAAGCAGUGCUAAAAAUGCUACGCUGAUACAUGCUAACCGUUAGCUUUAGUGGGUCACGUCGCACUUCACCGGUCAUAUUGUUUUUGGCUGACAUGGCAUCCAGCGGAUACUCUGACCUGAGGGAGAAGCUCAAAUCUAUGACUCCGCACAAAGACGAGGUAAAAAAUAAAUACGUGGAGAGUAACGGCAGCGGAAAGGAGCGAAAGCGUAAGAUCCGAGAGUCCGACGACGACGAGCACAGCGAUGACAGCGUGGAGAGCCGGGAGCAGGAGGCCGGCCGGGUGAAGAGCAGCAUCCUGCAGGAGAACAUCUUCACACUGGAGGAGUGCACCCUCAUCGAGGAGAAGAUCGACGACGUGGUUACCAAAGGGGAGGCUGGACUUUACCGUGAGCACACGGUGGACAGGGCGCCCCUCCGCAACAAGUACUUCUUCGGGGAGGGGUACACGUACGGAUCCCAGCUGGAGAAGCGUGGACCGGGCCAGGAGAGGCUGUACCGCAAAGGAGAAGUGGACGAGAUCCCGAGCUGGGUGCACGAGUUGGUGAUCAAGCGCCUGGUGUCCAGUGGAGUGGUCCCGGAAGGGUUUGUCAACAGUGCGGUCAUCAAUGAUUAUCAACCGGGUGGCUGCAUUGUGUCACACGUGGAUCCUCUGCACAUCUUUGCACGUCCCAUCGUCUCGGUGUCCUUCUUCAGUGACAGCGCGCUCUGCUUCGGCUGUCGCUUCCAGUUCAAACCGAUCCGGGUGUCGGAGCCUGUGUUCGUCCUGCCCGUGAGGAGAGGGAGUGUCACAGUACUCAGUGGCUACGCUGCUGAUGACAUCACCCACUGCAUCCGCCCACAAGACAUCAAGGCACGUCGUGCAGUGAUCAUCCUCAGAAAGACCCGACCAGAUGCUCCUCGAGUGGACUCUGAAAGCUCUUUUCCUGUCGUUGAGAGACCUGCACCCCUGAAAGCCAAACGCUCUCAUCGUCGCAGAGCAGAUGCUGAUGCUGCUCACAGGCCGCGGGUGCUCGAGAUGGACAAAGAGGAGAACAGACGUCCGUCAAACUCCCAUCAUCGUCGUCACAGCAUCAGCUCCGAGAACUACUGGAGACGCGGUCAAGACUCCGACAAACACCGGGAGAGUUCAGAUCGCAAAGUCAAAAUGAGACGCCACUGAGCACUUCUCCGUCACACAUGUAUACAUAUAAAUAUAUCUUUUAUGUAUUUCAAUAUUGUAACUUUCUUUGAUCAGUCGUCAUUUUUCUCGCUCCUGUUUUAGUCCGGCACAUGGAGCAUAGUCAUCAUGUUGUCUGCGUUUUGGUUUGAGUCUGGAUAAGUUUGAGUGCGUUAUUUGUUUCCGGCAGACGAAGCUGCUACAAGGGUCCGAACCUCAAUUUACUAACUCCAGUUAAAUCACCUUUAAUUGAACAUUUCUUGUUUCUAUGUCCAUAGAUAUUUCAGAAUGGCAUGUAUUUUUUGUAACCAAGAUGUACAGACCACAAGAGCUAAAAAACAAACAAACAUGUAUGUAUGGAUUUGUACAAAAGAAAACCUAACUUGUUAUAACGUACAACACUUUUGUAUAGUCUUUGAUUGGGGGAACUUUUCUGCAGGAAGAAACAUUUGCUUUUUUGGCACCCACAUUUCUUCUCCUUACCUUUCCUGUGCUGUCCCAGAUCUUAGUUCACUGAAGCAGUUUAACUUGAAACAACUGGCAGAUGUGCAGAAAUGCUUUCUGUGUUAUGAUUUGAUUCUGCUGUACGGCUCAUCUUGGUGGAGGUUACAAUGUGGUGCGUCAACUAAACUGAUGUUUUAUGGAGUGAUUAAAAACCUCAGGCCUUGUUUUACACUCCUGUUUCAGUUUGAAGUUGCUUACCUUGUAAAGUGACAAAGGCCAUGUUAUUGCUGAUCUGUAUUAAAUCUAAUUUUUCCUCAUUUACAUUGGUGAUGUUUGGAUCAGACAGAACGACACCAGCCCUAUAAUGUCUUGUUGAAUGUCUGUCUAAACACGUGGCGGAGAAGAAACUCGAUAUCCGUAUCUGUCCGUGAGAUUAGCUGUGUAAACACACGUUUGUUUUCUCCCAGUCAGCCAUAUUUGGCUGAGGCACUUAAUAGCUCACUAGUAGGUUAGUCUGGAGUUACACAUGAACAAAAAUAAACCUUGGUUCAAAGGAGAAAUUACUUUCUAAAAGUGGGGUGGAUUUUUGACCAUGGUUUUCUGAAGCUCUGCUACAGUCGUGAACUUCAAUAUGAUCGCAAAAGUUAUAGUCUGCUGGAGGCAAAUACUGCGGCUCUUCAGACAGAGUGGGACACAGUGGUGGCUUCAUGGUGUCACUGGUCAGGUGGAGGAACAACAAACUGGAGUGUCUCAUGUUUAAAUGAUCAAGCAAAUAACUGGCCAUGGCAUUGAUGUACUCAGGACCACUUUUUGAAGGUUUCAUCUCGAGAUCGAUCAAAAUUUUACUCGGUCUCAGAGGAAUUAGGAUUUUAUUUCUAGAUCACAACGGUGGGGGUAUCGCUAAACUCUGUGGAUUGUUAAUUGUUAAUAUAAUUUCUGUGAUUGCUUAUGAAAAACAAAGGAAAAUUCCCACACACAAUUCUCCUCUGCCAUGCCUUUUGAUAAGUUUAUCAAGACAUUUCUCAUGUUCAUUUAUACAUCCACACACAGUAUGUCCGGCAAAAAAAAGAGGUGAAUGAAGCUUAAUCUUCAUGUGAGUUCUGUUUAGUUUUUCAUGGGAAUGUGAAUAAUUCAGAUGAAUUUGAGGACUGCCUAUAUGGUUUGCAUGUUUUACGUUGUAGCUGAGGUGUGUGAUUCAUUGUGGGACUUGCACUGGUCUUGGUCUUGACUCGGUCUCAACCCCUUAAAAGUCUUGGUCUCGAUACACUCUGGUGUCCUUCAAGACUUCUCAAUUAGAAUAUAAUUUCUAUAGAAAAACAAUACAGUAGAUACUGUAUGUUAUUCCAGGCAUGUUCUAGGUUUUCUGUCCACAGUGGUGAAUGUUUUGUCGGGCCACUUUGAGCAGGAAGGUAUACUGUUAGAGAAGUCAUGCCGUCAUCCUCAUUAAAAUCAGUUUUUUUGCUUUGGAAUAUUUGUUUUAUUGAUUGAUGUUAAUUUGCAUUUCUAGGAUCAUAUUAGUUAAGUGGUGUUUUUCACUCAAGGUGAGAAGUCAAAGGGACAACAAGUUUGGACCUUUGCUAUUCAAUUUCUGUAUUUCCCCAAUAAUUCCUGAAUCUGUAUAUAAGUUUGUAUAUUAUGCAUCCUCGAUAUUUCCAGAAAAUUAUUUAUAAUUCAAUAAAUGAAAUCUGUAAAAUC